AUGUUCUCGACAUUAGUGAUUCACGACUGUGGAACUGUUGACGGGGAGCUGAUAACGGUCACUCUCAAAGCUUCGCCCUCGUUCCCUGGUGCUGUCUGGUAUCAGGAAGACUGGGAUCAGCCUGUUCCUGCCACAUGGGGACCGAAGGACGUCUCCGCUUUUGACGAGACCCUCGAGCUCAGGCUUGUAGGCCGAAUCUCAGAGGGCCGAAUCGGUGUAGCUUACAUCGCAAAGGUCGUCUCUGCAACGCGCAAUGGCGCCGACGUCAGGACAACACUCCCGCCCACCCUGUGCCUCAAAUUCGCAAAGCCCGAAUUCAGUCGUAGCCUCGCGAGGGAGGCGUGGGUCUACGAACAGCUGGAGUCUCUUCAGGGUACCUCUGUGCCCAGUUCCUUUGGGUUCUACGCGUCCACUGCAGCAGAACAGCCCUCUUUCCCCAACCUCGAAUUUGAGCCGUGGAGGAACAGGGAGGUGUUGUUCGAGGACACAGACAAGGUCCCGAGUAACAUCGACGAAUAUGCAUCCCCGGACUGGCUGACCGACGAUGUGCCCGAGUAUUACGACGAAGGGACGUUUGGCGACCCGCUCUACAAGUUGAAUUCGCCCUGGUUCGAGUGGGCUCGCCUUCCCGACAACCCAACCAUCUCGGUACUUGUCCUCGAGCUGCUUGGGGAAGCCUGUACUGGGGUAAAAACCGCUGCCGACAAGCAGGCUAUCAAGGAAGUAAUGGACGACUUGGCGGAAGCUGGCGUGCUGCAUGACAACAUCACCCCGUGGAACACGCUCGCAUUCAAACCCUCGUCGCACGGUGAGGCUCGCCUAUGCCCUCGACACAAUGUCGUCCAUCCCUGGAGGAUAAUCGACUUUGAUCGUUCAAGGAUGGUAAAUCCCAAAAACCUGGGCGAGCUUGGCAAACGUCGCAUUGCGAAUACCGAGCGCAGACUGAACCGUGCAGUGGCCUUCCAGUUUUGGUGCUGGAAUUAA